GCCGGCAUCACCUACCAACAGACGAGGGCGUAUUCGGCCCCGAUAAAGGGUUUCCUCGUGGGGUGAAAAAGGCCUGGCCGAGCAGAGGCCGGCAUCAUUCUCGUCCCAAAGCGGGCUGAUUCGCUAGCAGGAUUUCUAUCCCUUGCCAUUAUCUAAGUCGCCCACUGUUACUCUGCGCUGACCACAGCCUGUGUCCGCGCUACGUUCCACAGCCCUGGCCUGUUAUGUAGUCUGUCAAAAAUGUCUGCCGAUUUGUAUGCAGCGUUUAUGGCGGAGGAGACGCCUCCAAAGCCAGAGGGGACAAGCAAUACACAGCCAUAUGUCGCGGCGACGACUGCGACUUCCACAAACGCUUCCAGUAUUCAGGCCCCAACUUCGAACACGAGAAUGGCUCAAGCAGCCCAGCAGCAAAAGGUGUCUUCACCCCUCUGGCAGCGAGAUCCGGGGGGGAGCGAUAUCCUGUUUGAUGCCGAACAAGCUGACUCCGGAGACGAAUUUGGUGACUUUGAGAUGGCGGGCGACUCCCCGAGUGAUAGGAACAAUACCAGACAGAAUAAUUCUCUGAGGCACGAGUCUACCAAGACACAAAAUCCGGCACCUUUAGCUUUUGACCUUCCGGAACCAAUUGAGAUGCUCAAUUCCUCGUCGCAUCCAGAAAUGAGAGUCCCCACAACCUCAAACAUCCAGCGAACCCAGAGUGGUACGGAAAGCACGGAAAUCGACGUGAAACCUUCUUGGGACGAUGAUUGGGGCGACUUUGAACAGACGGAGCCUCAACCUCCUCAAUCGGUUGCGAAAGUGACCGCUCAGUUGUCCGAUGAUGAAUGGGAGCCUGUCGAAGACGGAGUGCCUGCGUCAAUGCAGCAGAUUUCCCACCCGAAGUUUCCAUCAAUAAAAGGCAAAGCUGCGGAGGCCACUUUGCAAUCCAGUACCCAAGCGUUGGCUUUUGAGCGGCCUAACAAUGUCCCGCCGCCGUCCUCGCUUCUGCAGUUGCUCUCCUCUGUUUUUGAAUUCAUCCACCAAAACAAUGCUGAUAGUAUGAUGUCGCAAUCGGAGUUAGCGUCAAGGUUGCUGGUUGUCUUUCGAGUUUCCAGCCGAAUCGUCGCCGGCAGGACCCUACGGUGGAAGAGGGAUACCGUCCUAGCUCAGAGUGUGAGGAUAGGUCAGUCAGGCAAGAGUGGCGGAAUGAAACUAGCAGCAGUAAACAAGAGUGAGACAGCCAAGGAAGAACGAGACACUGAAGAAAUGGUUCGACAUUGGUCAAGCUACGUCCACGAAUUCAACAGCAUCCUUGCUCAAGCUGAAUUUCCUCCAUACCGGAUGAGACUGACUGCCUCCCCUCCCAUCAAGAGAUUGGGACAAACCAAUCCCCCUGACUUGUCAAAGCAAUGCGCACUCUGUGGGUUGAAGCGUACAGAAAGAUUAACCGAUGUGGAUUUCGACGUGGAUGACAUUUUCGGUGAGUUUUGGGUUGAACACUGGGGCCACAAGGACUGCUUCGACUUCUGGUAUUCGUACAAGAAUAUGCUCGAACACCGUUAGGCACGACCAUUAUCUUAAGGAUAUACCACCGGGAUUCGCUUCCGCAGACUUCGAAAUUCUGUCUCGGUGCCGGAAUGCACCUUUCACUCGCAGCAAUCGUCCUCAUUCCAGAUGCUGCAGGGGCCGGACGCAUCGGGACACGGAUCAUCAAGCUCGUACCUGUCGGCCUCUCCCUCCACCUCAGCUUCUGUCCAAUGGAAAACCUCGCACCCGUCGCACUCAAAAUUUGAGUCAGGGUCGUCGCCGCACAAGCAAGGACCCCAGGACCGAUUGUCAUUGCUGGAACCCAUCGUCCUGUCGCAAUCGAAACAGGUGCGAAUGGAAAUACCCCCGAAGGCAUUUCCUCGCCACUGUCUUUUUCUUUCAUCAUAUGCCGUGUCUUGCUCCAUGGUUACACCAGGCCUGGCAUACCCUUCCGGCUCGUCCCAUGACCAGGCUGCAGAAGAGUUGAAGUUGAUUGCUGGACGGUAUAGGAGACAGUGAUGGCAGAAGAGAAAGUCUUGGGGCAUCCAGGACGUGAGCCUCGACAUCAGGACCAUAUACGUAUCGUGGUCCCCGGGACAUUCCCAUCGAGCUUGUUUGAUAAAUGGCGUAACGUGUGCAGCCAUGGCCUUAGAGGUGAGUGCGAGACUGAUCAUAUUCGCUUUGCAUGAUAUCUUUUGGAAGAUGCAAGUUAGGGCGCAAGGUGGAAGGCAUUCGAAGGCUGACAGUGCCUUGGGGCUUGAAGUGGCCGUCUGAGACUAGUUUGACAUCAGAUCGAAGUUUUCGAAAAUGAUAGCAAUUGGGCUGACCGUUUGUGGAAACCAAACCUCACUCAAAUCGAUCUUGAAGUCCUGGUGUUUUGAUUCCUGCCUACGGUGCGGCGAAGGGGCUGAGGAGGUGACCUGACAUUUUGUGUUGUUCUGCACCGAUGUUUCAGUCCUUGGGAGGGGACAAAACCAACAGUCUCCGUCAGGAAGAGACCACACCAUGGUAUGAGGAGAGAGCACGUCGCAUACACUGCGAGACAGCAUCCAAGCCAUGUGAGCUGAAUACUUGACAGGACUGGAAUCUUACAGCAUUGAACAGGGCUUUUAUCGAAGAAGAAAAGAAUGGUCAAACAAGUUUUUUAGGUACAAUCAGAAUAGAUUGUCGAUCGAAUGGUGACGAGAAAGUGAAAAU